CACAAAGUUGUCAAAGCUUUGGAUAUUAUUAUUUCUGCUUCGACACUCAAACUUGUAUUUGGUGCUCCAAGACAUCAGGAUGGGGUCUUCCAAAGCUCCUCCGGGCCAUUUCACGAUCCUGUACUUCGCAUCUGCGAACUCAUACACAUCGAAAGAUUCCGAAUUUCUACCCGCUCGUCUUCCUCUCGCAAAAUUGUUCGAGACGCUUGAUGAGAAAUAUGGUGGUAUGAAGGCAAAGGUGCUGGAAAGUUGUCUCGUCACAAUCAAUUUGGAAUACGUCGAUAUGCCCGAGAAUGGAGAAGAUGGAGUCAUUAUUAAUGAAGACGAUGAAGUUGCGAUUAUUCCACCAGUGAGCUCUGGAUGAAUGAUUACAGAUUCUACAAGGCAACAUCUGGACAACACAUUCUGCAGGGCAACGAAGCGCCGGAUUGGUACAGCAUGAAAAGAGAGCGAGGGCAUGGCUCUUGGGUGUAUCAACCCUAGAAGAAUCAAGUACAAGCAAGGCGACAGAUCCAUACAAUAGGAGGCUGCGCUGGCUUACAACGAAGCCCUCAAUCCCCGUCCAACAACGGCCUCCUCUCCCCCUCCUCCUCCUCCCCUUGGACCACCCCUCCAUUCGUCCUCACCCUACUCCUCCCCCUCCUAGGCUCAACAUCCCUCAACUCAACCCUCCAUCUCCAAACCUUCCACCACCCUCUACUUUCCUCAUCCGCAUUCCACUUCCUAACACAAACCACCACGCCUCCCACAGCUCCAAGAACCA